AUUGAUGCUAAUCUUUUAGCAGUGCUUCCGAAAGUUUCAGAAUUAAGAAAACUCUUUGAACCAAACAAGCAAAAUAUUUUGGAAAUGAAAAGGAAAGAGAGGAUCGCCAGACGUUUAGAGGGAAUUGAAAAUGAUACACAGCCCAUCCUCCUACAAAAUUGUCCUGGAUUAGUUACCCACCGUUUACUAGAAGAAGAUACACCAAGAUAUAUGCGUGCAACAGACCCAUAUAGUCCCCACUUCGGAAGAUCAAAUGAAGAAGAGGAAACUUCAGAUUCUUCUGUAGAAAAACAACCUAGGUCAUCCAGGUAUCGAGCAGAACCUACAGGAGCACAUUCAGAGCCUACAUAUAGCACAGGAGCCAUGGAUACCCAGGGACUUGAGUCAAAAGCAGAAAGAAUAGCUAGGUACAAGGCAGAGAGGAGACGCCAGCUAGCAGAAAAAUAUGGAUUGCCUUUAGAAUCUGAGGGAGAUUCUGAAUAUUUAUCCAGAUAUACCAGGGCAAGAAAAGAUCCUGAUGCUGGGGAAAAAAAAGAAGUAAAGAGCGACAAGCAGGAGGAUGAAAGCAAGGAGUAUAGUUCCCUGUACUCCUCCAUGUCUGAGAAUAAGGAGUCAUGGACUACUGCUUCUGAAUCAAAGGAAUAUUCCUUCCAUGAAAAAGACAGCAUUCCAGAUAGAGAGGAGCUUUCAAACUUGGAGAAUAAAAGAGCACAGGACGUUAGUGCUCCUGGACAGGCUCAGGACUUGUCAUCAGAAGUGGAUGGUUCUGCAUCCUUUUCGUAUUCUGAACAAGAAUCCUCCUUUAAGGAAGUGCCAGUGUCACCAAAGCAAACUUGCAGGGUAUCCCUUUCCUCACCAAAGCAGCCAGUUUCACCAAGUCAUUCACACAAUGACCAGCCCUUGUAUAGUGACACCAGACAUGGUACAGGGAAAGCAAAACCUGAAUGGUUUCUUCAGAAAGAUUCAGAAGGGGACACACCUUCACUUAUCAGCUGGCCCUCCAGAGUAAAAGUUAGAGAGAAACUGGUGAAAGAGGAAAGUGCUCAUGGAAGCCCUGAACUUGUCACAGACCCUGUAUCUCAGAAAAAAUCUCAUCCAGUGCCAGUUGAUUACAUGCCUCUUCAGUCAGAAACUUCUUCCUUUGAUAGGGUUGCCAGCCAGACACUCAGUUCAGUCCGCCAACCGAUACAUGGAUAUAUUCAGCCUGCUGGUGUUGCUCAUACUGCCAAACUGAUGGCAACAGAAGACCCAGAAAAUAUCUCAAUUAGCAGCCUCUUAACAUCAGACAAUGCCGGCAUCAUGACAAAAUCCCCACCAGCCACUGCACUGGAAAAGGAAAAAAGUAACAUACUUCAGAAUUAUGGCUCAAAGCCUGACGAAUUUCCUUUGGGGACAGAACAGCUUUUGAAAAACAGAAAACCAGUUUUGCCAUCUGAGGUUCUCAGGCAAGGGAAGAGCAAUGAAGACCAUUUUAGAGCAAGUGAAUUUGACAAGGCUACUGUUCCCUCAUCUCUUAUAAGCAAGCCAAAGGCUAACUCAUCAGAGCUUCAGAAAGAGCUAGAGUGCACUAAGCACCAGGUGCCUGAACCCCAGUUUAAGACUCGUGAGAACACUGAAAGGAGUGAGACAGUUAUGUACGUACAAAGUGGAUCCGUAUCACAUUCUGCUAAGGCGAAAGGUCAAGCUCAGGAAGUGUCUACGAUGAAGCAUAAACUCCUGACUCGCUCAAUGUCUGAUUAUACUGGUUCUCCUAAGCCAGAGGCUUUAAAAAGUAAGGAAACUGUUACGAGAAAGGAGAUGGCGUUCCAGAGUGCUGAAGUAAAUGUGCCCAAUGGUGAGAUUGGCAUGGUUGACACAAAAGUCUCUGUUGCUCAACUCCGUAAUGCCUUUCUGGAAACUAUCAAUGUCCACAAGAAAACUGAACUUGAAUCUCGAUUUGAGAUGUCAACAUCAGGUACUGAUUUAUCUGCCAAUACUGAACCUGAAAGAGUGUCACGAAGGCCAAGGCGCUAUUUUUCUCCUGGUGAAAGUAGGAAAACUUCUGAGAGAUUUAGAACUCAACCAAUCACUUCAGCAGAGCGAAAGGAAACUGAUAGGUCCACUCUGAGUCCAGAAAUGCCAGCUGCUGAGGAUGAAGAAAAACUGGAUGAACGAGCCAAGCUGAGUGUUGCUGCAAAGAGGCUGCUUUUCAGGGAAAUGGAAAAAUCAUUUGAAGGAAAAAAUAUUCCUAAACCACGUUCAAGAAAUUCAGCAAUAGAGAGAAGAUUGCGGCGUAUGCAGGAUAGGUCACGCACCCAACCAGUUACUACCGAAGAGGUGGUCAUUGCGGCUACUGAACCUACCCCUGCUUCACGUACUGUGAAUACCCACACUGUAGUGACAAGAAUACCUAGUCCCACUGUAGUUAAGAGCACUGUACAACCUACCAGUUUACAGGCAUCAGCGCACCAAAAGACUUUAGCUAAAGAAGAAAUCAAAGAAGCAGUCGAGCAAGAUCAGUCUGGCGAGCCAGACUCCUCCACCCUAAGCUUAGCAGAAAAGAUGGCCUUGUUUAAUAAAUUGGCUCAACCAGUAUCGAAGACCAUCUCUACACGGAGCAGAGGGGACAUUAGACAUAGGAGAAUGAAUGCUCGUUACCAGACACAGCCCGUCACGCUUGGAGAAGUUGAGCAGGUACAAAAUGAAAGUGGAAAAAUUACUCCCUUGUCACCUACUGUUGUAACAUCAGUGUCAACUAUGGCGUCUGUGAUUUCUCCAAUGUAUGCUGGGGAUCUGCGUGCGAAGUCAACAGUUGAUGAAACUGUAAGUGCUACCAGUAAACCAGAUUUGAGAGUCCACUCUUCAGUAGAAAAUGCAGACACUCCAGUAAAAGGCAUACUGAAAUCAGAACAUUGGCAGCCGUCAGUGGAAGUAAUGGAAAGCAAACGAGCAUCGAGGGAGCAUGAAGAGGGAGAGACAAACAGAUUCUUAGCAUAUGAAGAUAAUGAUGUCAAAAAGUACAGUUCUUUUGAAGAAGUAACCACACAUCCUGUUCUUAGUAAAACAGAGGACUACCACAAAGAGACAAAAUACACUUUCCCAAGAAAGAGCAGUAUGGAAUUGUUUACCCAACAAGGACUUUUACAGCCUGCGGAACAGAAGGAAUUUGUUUUUGAUACUGUCCUGCAGGGUAAACAGGAAGUCAAAGAAGGACUGUUCUUGGAGGAAAAGAUGGAGUUGGAGAGUGUCUUGAAAAGCAAGACCUUGCUGAGAGACCAUGUUGAGCCUACUUCUGAACUUGGCACGACGGCAACACAGGCAGUAACGGUGGUAUCGUAUAGACAGCAGGAGGCUUCUGAACAACUAGAGGAAAAAUUCUAUAAGAACCCCUGUGAGCUGUUUGCUGCUGGAGACAACAAAACAGAAACAACUGAGGACACCCUGGAUGCACCCAGCAAAACACUGUCAAUUAAAGAACGGCUGGCGCUGUUGAAGAAGAGUGGUGAAGAAAGCUGGAAAAGCAGGCUUAACAAAAAGCAGGAGUAUGGGAAAGUGUCCAUCACUGAGCGUAACACACAACUGCAAGAAGCUGAGCAGUUGUUCAAGAAGAAGAAAGUGGCAGAUAGCCAUGAGAGUCAAAUGAGUAUUGAAGAAAGAAAACACCUGAUUACUGUUCGGGAAGAAGCCUGGAAGACAAAGGGUAAAGGAGCAGCCAAUGACUCUACCCAAUUCACUGUAGCUGGCCGAAUGGUAAAAAAAGGCUUGGCAUCACCUACUGCCAUAACUCCAGUGGCAUCCCCUUUCUGUAACAGGCUGAAGUCUACCACUCCAGUUUCAAAGCCUCUGGAAGAAAUAGAAGCCAGGCCUGAUAUGCAAUUAGAAUCAGACAUGAAGCUAGACAAGCUGGAAACAUUCUUGGGAAGACUGAAUAACAAAGUUGGUGGGAUGCAAGAAACCGUGCUAACGGUCACAGGAAAAUCGGUGAAAGAGGUGAUGAAGCUGGACGAUGAUGAAACCUUUUCCAAAUUUUACCGUCACAUGGAUUGCCCCACUUCCACGGUGCCUUUGGAGCUUGAUGAGGACUUUGAUGCCAUCUUUGAUCCUUAUGCACCAAAGUUAACUUCUUCUGUAGCAGAGCACAAACGUGCCGUGAGACCUAUGCGCAGAGCUCAGGCUUCAAGGAACCCCCUGAAAUUGCUGGCUGCACGAGAGGACAUUCUUCAUGAAUACACCGAACAAAGAUUAAAUAUUGCUUUCAUGGAGUCAAAGCGAAUGAAAGUAGAAAAAAUGUCUACAAACUCAAAUUUCUCAGAAGUAGCACUUGCUGGUUUAGCAAGCAAAGAAAACUUCAGCAGCGUCAGUUUACGAAGUGUCAAUCUAACUGAACAAAACUCCAACAACAGUGCUGUGCCAUACAAGAAACUGAUGCUGUUGCAAAUUAAAGGAAGAAGACAUGUUCAAACAAGAUUAGUUGAACCAAGGGCUUCAUCACUGAACAGUGGUGACUGCUUCCUGUUGUUAACUCCACAUUACUGUUUCCUUUGGGUAGGAGAGUUUGCAAACGUCAUAGAAAAAGCUAAGGCAUCAGAACUUGCAACUUUAAUUCAGACAAAGAGGGAACUCGGCUGUAGAGCUUCUUAUGUUCAGACCAUAGAAGAAGGGAUAAAUACCCAUACUCAUGCUGCCAAAGACUUCUGGAAACUCCUCAGUGGCCAGACAAGUUACCAGUCUGCUGGAAACCCCGAGGAAGAUGAAAUGUACGAAGCUGCAAUAAUAGAAACAAAUUGCAUCUAUCGUUUAGUAGAUGAUAAACUUAUUCCUGAUGAUGACUACUGGGGGAAAAUGCCAAGAUGUACUCUGCUACAAUCCAAAGAGGUUCUGGUUUUUGAUUUCGGCAGCGAAGUAUAUGUGUGGCAUGGGAAAGAAGUCACAUUAGCACAGAGAAAAGUAGCAUUCCAGCUGGCCAAACAUUUGUGGAAUGGAACAUUUGACUACGCCAAUUGUGACAUAAAUCCUCUAGACCCUGGAGAGUGCAAUCCCCUUAUACCAAGAAAAGGACAAGGGCGUCCUGACUGGGCUAUCUUUGGCAGACUCACAGAACAUAAUGAGACCAUAUUGUUCAAAGAAAAAUUUCUUGAUUGGACAGAACUGAAGAAACACAAUGAGAAGAACUCUAGUGAAUCUCUUAACCAGAAGGAAGACUCCAGGUCUGACUUUAAACCAUAUGAUGUCAUGCUAAUGGUACCGGUGCCCCAAACUACGGUUGGCACAGUCUUGGAUGGAAUAAAUAUUGGCCGUGGCUAUGGAUUUAUUGAAGGAGAAGAUGGGAGGCAGUUUGAAAUUAUCACUGCCUCCGUGGAUGUCUGGCACAUCCUGGAAUUUGAUUACAGUAGGCUGCCUAAACAAAGCAUUGGACAGUUCCAUGAGGGAGACACGUAUGUGGUUAAAUGGAAGUACAUGGUGAGCACUGCAGUUGGAAGCAGACAAAAGGGAGAGCAGCAAGUAAGGGCUGUUGGAAAAGAGAAGUGUGUGUACUUCUUUUGGCAAGGGAGGCACUCCACAGUGAGCGAGAAGGGCACAUCGGCACUGAUGACUGUGGAGCUUGAUGAAGAGAGAGGAGCACAGGUACAAGUGCUUCAAGGAAAAGAACCACCAUGCUUUCUGCAGUGCUUCCAGGGAGGGAUGGUUGUGCAUGCUGGAAGAAGGGAAGAGGAAGAAGAAAAUACACAAAGUGACUGGAGGCUGUACUGUGUACGAGGAGAAGUUUCCAUUGAAGGAAAUUUACUUGAAGUAGCAUGUCACUGCAGCAGCCUAAGGUCCAGGACGUCUAUGAUUGUCCUCAAUAUAAAUAAAGCCCUUAUCUAUCUGUGGCAUGGCUGCAAAGCACAGUCUCACACAAAAGAUGUAGGAAGAACAGCAGCCAAUAAAAUAAAAGAACAAUGUCCAUUGGAAGCUGGAUUGCACAGCAGCAGCAAGGUGACAAUACAUGAAUGUGAUGAAGGGUCAGAGCCAUUGGGAUUCUGGGAUGCAUUAGGAAGGAGAGAUCGAAAAGCCUAUGAUUGCAUGUUGCAAGAUCCUGGAAAGUUUAACUUCACCCCCCGCCUGUUCAUCCUCAGCAGUUCAUCGGGAGACUUCUCAGCCACUGAAUAUAUAUAUCCUGCAAGAGAUCCCACUGUUGUCAGUUCCAUGCCAUUCCUGCAGGAGGAUCUCUACACUGCCCCACAGCCAGCACUCUUCCUUGUUGACAAUCACCAUGAAGUGUAUCUUUGGCAAGGCUGGUGGCCUGUAGAAAACAAAAUAACUGGAUCAGCUCGAAUCCGAUGGGCUACAGACAGGAAAUGUGCCAUGGAGACAGUACUCCAAUACUGCAGAGGAAAAAACGUAAAGAAACCUCCGAAAUCCUACCUAAUUCAUGCUGGUCUUGAACCCCUGACGUUCACCAAUAUGUUCCCUAGCUGGGAACACAGAGAAGACAUAGCCGAGAUCACAGAAAUGGAUGCUGAAGUUUCUAAUCAGAUAAUCCUUGUAGAGGACGUGUUAGCCAAGCUGUGCAAAACUGUGUAUCCACUAGCAGAUCUUUUAGCUAGGCCUCUACCUGAGGGAGCUGAUCCACUGAAACUUGAAAUUUAUCUUUCAGAUGAAGACUUUGAGGCCGCCUUAGAGAUGACAAGAGACGAGUACAAUGCACUGCCCUCUUGGAAGCAGGUUAAUGUGAAAAAGGCAAAAGGACUUUUCUAA